AUGAAGUCAGUCAGAACGCUUAGCACAGUAGUAAGCACAUAUGGUCUUCGUGGCUUUGCGCUGGCUGCACGAUGUCAUAAACAGUUUUAUCGAUCCAUCUCAAUAUACGCGCCAAAUUUCUCUUCCAAUGGGUCUACCAAUACCCUUCCUUCUGUUGAGAAACCAUCUCGUCCAAUAAUUAUUCCGCCGGAGGAAUUGAUGACAUAUAUCACUAGUGAACGUCACACCUUAGAUCAGCUUCUCAAUAUCGAUAUACGAGAAUUCCCCUGCGAAUUGCGUCUGACUUGUUUAGAAGCCGUUCUUCAAACCGCACUCUUCACCCUCUCUUAUUCCUCUCCCUUCGACCGGUACACUCUAGCGGUCGCAAACAGUCUCGGUAUUGAGCCCUCGUCCACUGCCGUCCUCGCCUUUCUUCCAGCUUUCACGGCCUUUUCCACUGAUUCUGCGUGGCUAUCUGACCCUCGUUUCCGCCUCCUUCUACUUAGCACCGUUGCUGGGGCUCGAAAUCUUCCUCGUCCACGUAUUCUCGUCCUAGCUGCAUGUAUCCGGCAGCUUCCCGAUAACACGAACUCAAAAUCUCUUUCUUCUGUUCUUCGUCUCAUCACCCAUCUUAUUAAUGACUGCAGCAUCUCCGAGCUUGUCUAUAUCUGUGCUCUGCUGCGCGAUCUUCCACGCAAGCCGGUGUCUGUUAAUUCUACCGGCCUCUCUCCUCUCAGUGUUGAAGCAGAUCUUCUUAGAGACGCUCUACGUCGUCAUCUAAUGUCUCGGUUGCUCGAAGUGGAAAGCUUAGGUCUUCUUGCUCUUCUCAGAUUAGCCCACGACUUUGGUCCAGAUUUAGCUGCUAAUCGAACGGAUGCAAUGCGGUUUAGCGCAUCGCUAGAAACAGUGAUUUCAACAAGGCUAAAGGAGCAGAAUCUCUUCACGUUAUGUCUUCUCUGCUCGGUCUUGCAAAGGAUGCAGACUUUCCGACCGGGUCUCAUUCGUAGAUGUCUUGGUCAAAUUCGACGCAAGCUCCACCUAACCUUGAACUAUCCCUCAACCGACCAAAGUGGCUGGUUGGCUGGCGCACUUGCGGCUUUAGCCAAUCUGGCAGUAGGUAACUUGGAUUCCCGGCCGGCGAAAGCCACAUUUUCUGCUGACCAAUUUUCCCUCUUACCUUGUGAAAUGAAUCUUCUUGAUCCCAAAACCCAGCAUCUCUUGCCCUUUGGGUUCUCGUACGGCCUUGAUAUCCACCCCUUGUUUACUGCUGAUUGGGCACGUCAGCUUUUCUUUGAUGUUGCUGAUUAUGUGAGUGAACGCCUGAAUUCGGGGAAUUGUGAUGCCGAAUCGGCUAUGCGGACCACAUUGGCUCUACUCCUACUCGGUGUACGCCAUGAAAAGCUUCUUAGUCAACAAAAACCGGUUAUUAAGGCGUUUGCGGACUUACUUAUUGGCCAAUCGAGUGUUCUGCUUCCGGCCAAAGAAAUGUCGGGCUUUGAAACUCCUAUGGCUUACACUCCACCCGAAUCUCUCGCUCUGGUACCACAUUUACCCAGGGUGGACUGGCAAAUGUACUAUGAGUUGUCCGGCAUUGCAAAGAUGAAGGGACUAUCUCAACUAACGCCAAGACAACGCGAACUACUCCGGGCCUACGUGAUCUUGAAGAAACCGACUGUGGAGGAAUAUAUAACACAUUUGCAGGGACGAGUCAGUGCUGUACAUGGGGUUGAGAUUUUGCCUUUCCAUGUGCUCGAGACACAUUCGAGAGAUCAACUGUUUGCUGCCGUUUCGAAGUACGCGCUUUGUUUUCUACUCUGGAAACGCGAUGAUUUGGUAUCGCAACCUUUCAAUUCGCUUCUGGUGUCGUACAAAAGCGUCGCUUCAAUUCCUGUUGCUCCAACCCUUUACUGCGGUUGGCUAUCAACACAAGAAGGUAAUCACCGCCGUGAUGCUUUCCUAAAGAACCUGGCCUUGCGUCUAGCUGAGGAUUCUGGAGUUCCAACCACUGCUACGAAGGCUCGACCUCUUCGCGAAGUGGUCAGUUUUGACCAGUUCCCUGUAAACGUUGAGUAA